AUGUCCGUUGCAUCCAAGCUCGUCUUCUACGUCCGCGCCGCCAUCGCCGUGGUCAUCUUUGCCGCCUGUGCCACCUACGGCGUGCUGGCGUCCACCAUUCUCACCGCCAUCGGCAAGCAGGGCCUGGCCCAAUGGACCGUUGCCAGAGCCUUCUACUACUCGGUGCGCAUCUUCCUGGGUAUCAGCAUCAAGCUGCGUAGCCGGCAGGUGACCGGAACCGCCGGUCUGGAUGCCUCCAAGAUCCAGGUCGCCAACACCACCAAGCCCAUUGACGACAUCACCAAACACCUGCCCCGACCAUGCAUUCUGAUUUCCAACCACCAGAACGAAAUGGACAUUCUGGUGCUCGGUCGCAUCUUCCCCCAGUACUGCUCCGUCACCGCCAAAAAGGCCCUCAAGUGGUACCCUCUGCUGGGCCAGUUCAUGGCGCUGUCCGGCACCAUCUUCCUGGACCGAAAGGACCGAACCAAGUCCGUGCAGACCCUCGGCGGCGCCGUCAAGACCAUCCAGAGCGGCAACGGAGGCAAGGGCCAGAGCGUCUUCAUGUUCCCCGAGGGAACCCGAUCCUACUCCAAGGACGUCGGCAUCAUGCCCUUCAAGAAGGGCUGUUUCCACCUGGCGGUCCAGUCGGGCGCUCCCAUUGUCCCCGUGGUGGUCCAGAACACCUCCCGAAUGUUUUCUUUCGGCCGAGGCAAGCUGGACGCCGGAGAGAUCCUUGUCGACGUCCUGAGCCCCAUUGAGACCAAGGGUCUGGACGCCAGCAACGUCGACGCUCUCAUGGCCACCACUUAUAAGGCCAUGUGCGAGACUGCCGACCAGAUUGGCUACGCUGGCCAGAAGACUCAGUAG